CCAUUACUGGUCGCCGCCUCCGACCACCCCGCUCCCACUCGCUCUCUCGCCACCUCACUCCGCCGCAUCACUGCCCCGCCCGCCUCCCGCCAUGGCCGCGCCCGGCGCCAGCGCCGGCGGCCGGCGCGCCUCCGCCUCGCGCCCCCGCCGCGCCGCGGCGGUGGAGUCCAACGAGAACGACGACCUCGCCGCCGCGCCCUCCUCCUCUUCCUCCGCGUUGGCACACCCCGCCGCCUCAGUCCCGCAUUUCUCGCUGCCCCCGAGGUCGCCGCUCGCGGCCAUCGCGGAUCCCGGGCGGAACCCGCGGUCCGCGCCGGUGACGCCGAAGUCGCUGGCCGGCACACCCAGGGCCUGCGCGGCGGGCACUGGGGCCAGGGACCGGAUCUCGUCGGUUGGGACGGCUAGGAGGGUGUUCGAUCUGAGGGAUGUCGCGGCGCCGGAGGUGCCCCUGGAGGUGCCGCACUUCGAGCUCGAUGAGGAUCCCGCGUUCUGGAAGGAUCGCAAUGUGCAGGUGUUGAUACGAAUAAGACCAAUUAGUGAUGCCGAGAAUGCCACUCAUGGUCACAAAAGAUGCUUGCUGCAGGAUAGCUCAAAGACAUUGAGCUGGACAGGACCUCCUGAAACAAUGUUCACCUUUGAUCAUGUUGCAUGUGAAACAAUAUCACAGGAAAAGCUAUUCAGAGUUGUGGGUCUGCCAAUGGUGGAGAACUGCAUGUCUGGAUACAAUGGCUGUUUGUUUGCCUAUGGUCAGACGGGAAGUGGAAAAACUUACACAAUGAUGGGAGAACUUGCCAAGUUGGGCAGUGAGCUUAGUAAGGAUGCUGGCUUGACACCUCGCAUCUUCGAAUAUCUAUUUGCACGGAUAAAUGAGGAAGAAGAGCGCCGGAGAGAAGAAAAGCUUAAAUAUAUCUGCAAAUGCUCUUUUCUGGAGAUUUACAAUGAACAGAUAACUGAUCUACUCGAACCAUCAUCAACCAAUCUUCAGAUCCGUGAAGAUAUAAAGAAAGGUGUAUAUGUUGAAAAUCUUAUGGAAUGUUAUGUGUCUUCUGUCAAAGAUGUUAUGUUGCUAUUGCUUCAGGGGGUUGCAAACAGAAAAAUGGCUGCAACAAAUAUGAAUAGUGAGAGCAGCCGCUCGCAUAGUGUCUUUACAUGUGUAAUUGAGAGCCGUUGGGAAAGUGAUUCAAUGACACACCUCCGUUUUGGGAGGUUGAAUUUGGUUGAUCUUGCUGGUUCUGAGAGGCAGAAAAGCUCAGGUGCUGAAGGAGAACGCUUGAAAGAAGCUGCAAACAUUAAUAGAUCAUUGUCGACCCUUGGGCUUGUUAUCAUGACUCUAGUGGAUGUCGCAAAUGGGAGAAACCGUCAUGUUCCCUAUAGAGAUUCUAGGCUUACAUUUCUCCUCCAGGAUUCCUUAGGAGGGAACUCAAAAACGACAAUUGUUGCAAAUGUCAGCCCAUCUAUUUGUUCUUCCAGUGAGACACUGAGUACCUUGAAGUUUGCUCAACGUGCAAAGCUGAUUCAAAAUAAUGCAAAAGUAAAUGAAGACGCUUCUGGAGAUAUUAUGACUUUACAAAGGCAGAUAGAGGAACUAAAGGAUCAACUGACAUGCUUGAAGAAGCAGCAAAGCUGUCCUGGAUCACCUAGCUUGCAGCUGCUUGAUUCAGACAUUGCAAAUGAAUUCAAAACUUUGUGUGGAAUAGAUGAUCAACCAUACUGUGAUCUGAAUAUCCUAAAGCAAAAGGUUAGUCAUCUAGAAGAUGUCUUGGUUGGGAGCCUCAGGAGAGAGAAAUCAGCAGAGACCAAGAUUGGGAAACUGGAAGCAGAAAUACAGCAUUUGAACCGUUUGGUCAACCUGAUGGAAUCUGAUGCACAACGCUUGAGGAGGAGGCUUGAACUACGUGGUGAAAAACAAAGAUUACACUCAAUGGAUGAAAAUGCUGCAUUGUCUCAGGAAGUUCAGCUAUUGCAAGAACAAAUCAAUGAAAAUCCUCAAUUGACUCACUUUGCUUUGGAAAACAAGAGAUUGAUUGAGGAACUUACAACGCUUCAAAACUUCUACAAGCAAGGGGAAAGAGAGAUGUUAUUGACAGAGAUAUCUCUCUUGCGCAAUCAUUUCCUUCAUAUUCUUGAGCAGAAAUACACAACAGCUCCAAAAAAUGUAGAAACUCAGGGUGAUGAGAUCAUCAAGGAGCUUGACAACUGCAGGAAGGAACUGGAUGCAUGCUUAGAAAACAAUGUUCUGUUAGCUCGUGAAGUAAAUAAGCUUCGCUGUGAACUGAUACAAUACCAGAAGCCUUGCACAAAUCAAGUUGCUCCUGAGGCAAAGGAUAAUGUUGUGGCCACAAGCAUCAAUCUGAUGCAAAAUGAUCAAGCUGGACAGAAUUUUUCGUAUUUAUCAUCAAAUGAUGUUAACAAGCAGUUCAUGAACGCAGGGACCAUGACUAAUAUUUCAGAAUCAUUUCAACUUGAGUCACCUUAUGAAAUUGAUAGCGAAGAUCUGGAGUCACCUUCUCAUUUGCAUGAUCCAGAAACACGUGAUUUCAGGGAUCCAACGACAGUGUCAGAGUAUGAUGGUGUAUUGUCUCCAUGCUUCAACUUUGCUAUGGGGUCUUCGCAUAAUUUAUUUGACAAAAACACUGUUCUAAAUGAGGCAAAUUUUCUAGAGAAAGAUGGCAAACAUCAUGUCUAUGAAAAAGCUCCAGAGAUGGGUAUACAUUUACAUGACGAGACUUUAUUGUGUCAAGAGAUUGAAAUGGUGAACUCAGGGAAUCAUCAAUCACAGGAUGAGUUGGAGCACCUUAAAAGAACAAAUCAAGAGCUCAAAGAGAAGCUAGUCAUUAUGGCUGAAGAAAGUAACAGGCUUUCAGAGAUUAUUGUUGUAAAAGAUGUAGAAAUUGCUUCUCUGUCUGAAGAAUGGGAGGCUGCUAUUUUUGAUCUAACAAGCUUCUUAACAGAUGGGUGUAGAUCACUAGAUGAUGCAUAUCAGAAUAUUGAUAAUAUGAUUAGCUCAUUGCCUCACAGUAAUAGUUCUGUAAGUGAACAUGUGGAGAAGGCUAUGAAGGUUAGCAUUGAGAAGGAAAAGAUGAUCUUCAAACUUCAAAUUGAAUUACAGGCUGCGCAGAAAAUUGGCAGGGAAGUGAAAGAAAAGUUGCACAUUUUAAGAGGUGCAACUCUUGCAAUUACUGAAGCUCAGCAGCUGGAUAAUGAAGAAAGCUCUCAGGAAGAACUGAAACUAGUAGGUUUAUUGCACCAAAAGGAUUGUAUAAUACAAGAACUAAAGAACAAUUUGAAAGUGGAAAAAUGUCUCUCUGCAGAAAUGGCAGCAGGACAUUCUUGUGAUGACCCAAUGUUGCCUGAUAGUUCAGUUGACAUGAUUGAGGAUCAUCCUGAUGAUGAAAAUCGACCAACUGUCAGUCAAGCUGAUCCAGAUUAUCAGUCAAAGCUUGACAGUGUGAUACAUCUUGUUGAAGACAAAUCAAAUAAGGUUCUCACUUUAUUUUCAAAUUUUGAGGCGGCUCAAGAAACCAUGGAAGAGGCUGAACUUAUGCUUUCAGCUCUGUUGAAGGCCAAUGAAGAAUUGAAAUUUGAAAGAGAUAAUUGCAGGCAAGCGGUGGAACUGUUAUUGUCUGAGAAAACCUCUCUGAUUGGUGAGUUGAAGGAACUUGAAGCAUCAAGUUCUUGUGCAUCACAGAGGUAUGACAAAUUCCAUCAACAGAUAAAUGAUUGUGUAGUAGAGAUGGCAAAGCUUGCUGCUAUAAUAAGGGGGUCGUUUCAGCAAAUGCAAAGGGUCUCUACAGUAGAACUCUUUGCUCUUUGCUCGGAGAUUAUUACUUUUGGCCAAGAAUUGAAGAGAUGUAUAAAUGAGUCAAGGUCAUAUAUAGUUGACAUGGUAUCACUUAUAGAAGAAAAAGGCAUAUAUACAAAGCAGUUUUGGCACCUCAAUGCAAAUGCUUGUGGCUCUGCUUGUCAACACAUAGAGUCGCAUUGUCAAUGCGGUAGCAGUAAACCCGACUUUUCUCGAUCUAAUUAUAGCACAGAUUAUGCAUCACUCAGAAGAGAGUUUGACAGGAAGAGUAAUAUUGCAGAAGGAUUGUCUUUUGAUCUAAAACUACUUCAAGAGUCUACCUCAAACGCGAAAGAUAUGAAAGAUAAAGCUGAUGAAAUAUCUACUGUGCUUAGCAACAUUCAAAGAGAACUAUAUAUAAAAACUAAUGCAAUGGAAAACAUGUUGGAAAAGCAAAAGGCACUUGAGGAAGAACUGGCUGAAAAUGGUGCUGAACUCACAAUUUUAAGAUCAGAGUUAGAGCAAUCUCAAAGUUUAUCAUCGGCACUAUUGAAGGAGAACAAAGAUCUGAGAUCGAUGUUGGAUGAGGAAACUGUGAAGAGUAGUGAAAUAAAAGUGCUGUUGGAAGACAAAGAUGGUGUCAUAAAGGGAUUGGAGAGCCAAAUACUUUUGCUAAAUCGUUCUGAAGUGGGGCAGUUGAUGUCAGAUAUUGAAGAAUUAAAUAAUAGCAUUAAAAUAAUGAGUAGUGAUAAGGAAAAUCUCCAGGCAGAGAUACUUACGUUAAGGGACAAGCUUGAGAUGGCAAUGGCUUUAUCUGAGGAAAAUGAAGCUGCUGCUAUUGAAGCUCGUCAAAUUGCAGAGACUAGUAAAAUCUAUGCUGAAGAGAAAGAGGAGGAGGUUAAGAUUCUUGAACGAUCUGUUGAGGAACUUGAAGGAACAAUAACUGUACUCGAGGAAGAGGUAUGCAACCUUAAAGAGGAAGUAAGGAACUAUCAACUACAUAAACAAUCUGAAGACCAAUUACAAGCUGUUGAUGACAUGCUUGCUGUAGAAAAAGCAUCAAAAUGUGAUGCUGCUGAGGAAUUGUGUCAAGGGAGAUGUCGUCUAGAAAAGAGAUUGCAAGCUGAGAUUCUUGCACAUCAAGAUAUUAGAAAGAAGAUCGAAGUUAUCACGAUGGAAGCAAAACGUAAAGAUGUUGAGAUUAGGCAAUACAAAGAGCAUAUUGCUGAGUUGGUCCUGCAUUCAGAAGCACAAUCUUUGUUGUAUCAGGAGAAGUAUCAUGAAUUGGAGCAAAUGGUUUCUAGACAGAAGUUUAGUCCACAUGAAUCUAGUUCUGAGACUGUCCAUGCCAAAAUUGAAAAGCCUUCAGGGAGAGCAAGAGGAUCUGGUUCGCCUUUCCGGUGCAUAUCUAGCAUUGUUCAACAAAUGAACUCUGAGAAGGAUCAAGAAAUCUCAGUGGCACGUCAACGUAUUGAAGAACUAGAAGGGUUGGUUAGUGGUAAACAGAAAGAGAUAUGCUUGCUGACAUCGAGACUGGCCGCUGUGGAUACCAUGACGCAUGAUAUUAUAAGGGAACUACUUGGCGUCAAACUAGACAUGACAAACUACGCUAAUUUGCUUGACCAAGAAGAACUGCAGAAGUUGUUAAUAGCAUCUCAGCAACAAGUUGAACAAUCAAAGGCAAAGGGUGCAGAACUCGAGGUGCUCAAAGAAGAACUUGGUCAUCUCAUUCUGGAAAGGGACAGCUUGCUUGAUGACAUGGACCAAAGGAAGACAGAUCUAUUGGAGACUCAACUGCUAGUUGAACAGCUUGAGCAGCGGGAGCAAAUGUUGGAAGCACAGAUAGACAUGUUGCAGAUGGAGAAAGAUAACCUUCAACAGAAGAUCAUGGAAAUGGACGAGACCAUCGAACUGAUACUCGGAUCAAACCAACCAGAUACAAAGCCACGAAUGGGUGGUAACCAGCAUCAUGGCAGCAGCGAGUUCAGCAGGAGGCUAGCCCAGUCGGACAUGCUCCUCUCCCACGCGAGGCACGAACACUCUCGCAGCCACGCAACCAGAAGCUCGAGGACGCAUCACGGCCGACAUCGCUGAAGGAUUGCUGGUGCAUUAGCCACUUAGCCGUCGGACACUGCUUGUGUUUGCAGAUUGGCAGCGGCAUGGCCACGCUUGCUGGGACUGUACAGAUUGUUUUGAGAGCUGUAAGGUCCAAAUGGCAUUGACUAGAAGAAACCUUACACGUGUACAUCACGCCUGUAAAUUUGAGAAUGCAAUGCACGCGUUGCUGCUUGUGUGUAGAGUUGCGGUUGCAUGUCCCCAUACUAUAUGAACCCGCUCAAAAUGACACGAUCUCGCCGAGAUCGUUUCUCUCUUGUACAAUUGUGACCGAGGGUUACGGCUCCAGUUGAAAUGUUCAGAACUGGUUGAACAGUUGAA